AUGCUUGGGAGCAUCGACUGCAUGCACUGGACAUGGAAGAACUGUCCAACUGCCUGGCAAGGUAUGUAUACUGGACAUUUUCAUGAACCCACAAUUAUUUUGGAGGCCGUAGCUAGCAAAGAUCUUUGGAUAUGGCAUGCUGAACCCACAAUUAUUUUGGAGGCCGUAGCUAGCAAAGAUCUUUGGAUAUGGCAUGCCUUCUUUGGACUACCGGGGUCUCACAAUGACCUUAAUGUUCUACAUCGUUCACCGGUUUUCGCACAACUUGCGGAGGGAAGAGCUUCACCGUGCAACUAUACUGUCAAUGGCCACGAGUAUAAUAUGGGAUACUAUCUCGCCGAUGGGAUUUACCCAGAGUGGUCCACAUUAGUGAAGACUAUUCCAGCACCUCGAGGAAACAAGCAUAAGUACUUUAAUCAACAACAAGAAAGCGCAAGAAAAGAUGUUGAGCGAGCUUUUGGCGUGUUGCAAGCUCGAUUUACGAUUGUUCGUGGACUAGGACGUUUCUGGCAACCUUGUGUGCUGAAAGAUAUCAUGACAGCUUGUAUCAUAAUGCAUAACAUGAUCGUUGAAGAUGAACGUGAUUGUCAAUUGGACAAUAACUUUGACUUUACCGAUUCGGUACCAGUCGUUGAACCUUCUCAUGUGCAGACGGUGCCUCUAACUGAGUUCAUCCAAAAUCAUCAUCGGAUCAGGAACACGCAAACACACAAAUCACUAAAAAAUGAUUUGAUCGAGCAUCUGUGGCAGCUUAAGGGAUCCAUCGCCGAGGAUUAA